UGUAUGAGGUGUUUGGAGGAGGGUUUCUGCUGAAAAGCACUGGGUCCAGCAGGAAAGUAGAGAACAAUAUAUAAAUAGAAGCUACUGCUCAAAGGCUCAUGUAUUGCCCAGGACAGCUGAUCUUUGCCAUGAACUGGAACUGCAGGUAAAAAAUAAAGACACUGUUCUGCAUCUUUGCUAACUCUGUAGAAGGGCGUUUCAGCAGGUUGGCCUGAAGUUUCCUUUUUGGCAGCUGCCUACCAGUACCGAAAUUCAGUCUUCUAUCUACCCAGCUGUUUAAAGGCGCAAGAGCGCGGUUUACUUUUUCACCCUUUCCCAUCUGUUGUGGGAGCAACAGAUCUUGGCUAGGAAGAGCCCUGUUGGUCCAGUGCCCAGCCGGAAGCUGAUGUUCACGGCUUUCCCCACAGCUACUGCCAGAGGCGCUGAAAGUUUGAAGACUUGGUCUGGGGAGGGGGAUUGUCUUUCCUGGGAACUUCCUGCCCAUCAGUCUCGCCGGGUGACUCCCGCUUGUCGUAUGGGGACGAGAGAGAGAGCCAGGGGUGUGAGACGCUCCUGUACUGAGGAGACUAGCAGGAGCUUAGCGCCGGCGAACAAUGACAGCCAGAUGGCCGCUGCCGCCCCAACCCGCCAUUUAAAGACGCGUCCAUAACAUCCCACUUCUCGCGAGCUUUCGUGUUCCCGUCGUCCCUGUUUCCCCCCGCUGAGACGAGCGGAAACGCCCCCUUCCAUGGCCUCGCCUUCUUCGCCUAUCAGGCCCGGCCUAUGCCGCGAAAGGGGCGGAGCUGCUCCUCCUACGUGGCUUAACACGCGCGAAGCGGCAGCCGCCGCCCUCAGGUGCGGAAGCGAAGCGGCUUGUCAGGGAGCGGGGGGAAAUGAGCGCGCGCGAGCGAGCGACGGGGGCGCGCGGGCCUUUUUCGCCUCCACGCCGCGACGCGAAUCCCUCCGCCAGGUUGGGCCUCAGCGACUAAGCCGCGAGUGACUCGACGCAGCGGAAGGCGCCUUGGCGGGCCCGGAGGCGAUGGCGGCGGCGGCCGAGGUGGAGUCGUCGCUGGAGCUGAGCCUGUCGAGCAGCUACGCGGGGCCGGGGACGUUGCCCCCCGCGCGCUCCCGCAUCUUCAAGAUCAUCGUCAUCGGGGACUCGAACGUGGGGAAAACGUGCCUCACUUUCCGGUUUUGCGCGGGCCGCUUCCCGGAGCGCACCGAGGCCACCAUCGGGGUGGAUUUCCGAGAACGCGCCGUCGACAUCGACGGGGAGCGCAUCAAGGUGCGGAAAGCCGAGGUCGCCUCCUCGGGCUGUUUUUCCCCUGCCAGGCUCGGGGGCUGUUCUGCCGGCUGCCUUGCAGCUGGCGCGUAGUAGAUGCGAAGUGGCAGGAAGUCCGGGGCUGCUGCUGCACCUUUAACAGGUGUGUGCAGAAAAGGCAGGUGCUUUGCCUCGGCAAGCGACGUCUGCUGAGAUUUCGUCUGCUGCAAUACUGUUACAGGUGCAGGUGGCGAAAGAUUCCCUCAUUGCCACGGGUUGGACUAGAUGAUCCUCGUAGUCCCUUCCAACUCUAGGACCUAUGACCUCUUUUACACCAUGCCACCUGGCAGGACAGGAGUGGGCAACUCCAGUCCUGUUGCUCAUCCAUGCUGUGUGGAGCUGACACACGGCCAAAAAUAUGGAGGUCAUUUGUUAUACAGUGGUACCUCAGGUUAAGUACUUAAUUUGUUCCGGAGGUCUGCUCUUAACCUGAAACUGUUCUUAACCUGAAGCACCACUUUAGCUAAUGGGGCCUCCUGCUGCCGCCACACCGCUAGAGCACAAUUUCUGUUCUUAUCCUGAAGCAAAGUUCUUAACCUGAAGCACUAUUUCUGGGUUAGCAGAGUCUGUAACCUGAAGAGUAUUUAACCUGAAGUGUAUGUAACCCGAGGUACCACUGUACUUGUAUCUCAGCUGCUUCCCCUGAAUCAAGAUUUGUGUUUGCAACAAUCUGAGUGCAGUAACUUGAGGAAGUCGCCCGGUGAGCUUCAUCGCUGAGCCCCAGGCUUGAUGUUAUAGUUGCACCUGUAAACAUGCUGUUAGUUGCACCUCUGAGCCCCUUGGUCUAACUAACUGUUGUUCAUGUGCUGAGUGCUGAACAUGUGUUAACAUCACACAGUUUUGAAGAUGUGCUCAUAUUUAGUCAAACUUGUGGCCUAUUGCAUCUCUUUAUCCCAGUGUUUAAAUAAGCUCACAAAAGUUUGCAAACACAUAACGCUAGUUUGCUAGGGCCUUGCAGAAUUCUUCAUCCCACCUCUAGCAACAUGUGGUUGCUGGGUGCAGAGAGGUAGAGCUUCCAUGAACCCAGCUGCAUGGAAUUCUUGGUUACCUUUGGGUACCAGCUAGUGCUUAAAUGGAAAGUUGUGUCAUCCUUAUACAUGUGCAGUUAUGUUAAGCAAUGACACCUCUGCUUUUUAAUUGAAAUGUAAGCAUGCUGAUUUUUAAACCCACAUAGAUCCUAAUUAAACUUAAUACUCAUGUCACAAUGUGAAUUUCUUGGCAAGCUCUUACUUCCUGCAAUACCUCCAUCUACAGUGAAAGACGCACAAUUACUAAUAUUUAGUAUAACUGUUUUUGAAAAGCUGAUGUAUAAAAAGGUAUUUGCAGGAAGCUUCACAGCAAAAGUUUGCAUUUAUGUUUUGUUGCUGUUGCUGAGAUAUAAAACCACUGACCUCAAAGACCCUCAUGAACAGAAAUCAUAGCAAUAUAAAAGUACUGUUGAGUUAAAGUUGAAAUUAUGCCUUUCCACCAGCAUGAGUGAAAUCAUUUUUUUUUCUUGUUUCUCUCCCUUCUCUCCCCUUCUCGGUACAUCUAGAUUCAGCUCUGGGAUACAGCAGGGCAGGAGCGAUUCAGGAAGAGCAUGGUACAGCACUAUUACAGGAAUGUACACGCAGUCGUUUUUGUAUACGAUAUGACAAAUAUUGCCAGUUUCCAUAGUUUGCCACUGUGGAUCGAGGAAUGCAAACAACACUUGCUCACCAAUGAUAUACCCCGGAUUUUGGUUGGAAAUAAAUGCGAUCUGAGGAGUGCAAUUCAGGUCCCUACGGACAUGGCUCAGAAAUUUGCUGACACUCAUAGCAUGCCACUGUUUGAAACAUCUGCUAAAAACCCUAAUGACAAUGAUCAUGUGGAAGCCAUAUUUAUGACGCUGGCUCAUAAGCUCAAGAGUCACAAGCCACUCAUGCUUAGUCAGCUACCCGAUAACACAAUUCACCUAGAACCUGCAGUAAAACCCGCCAUGCCAUGUUGGUGUUAGCUCACAGUAUUUUUGCAGUCAUCACUUUGGUCUGUUUGCCAGUGCGUUGAGAGUAUGGUGUUGGUAAUGUUCCAGUUUAGUAGAAAUUACAUUGAAUCUGCUGGGCACUUUAUUGUAUGUCCUCUCAUCUGGAUGUGUGCCACUCUUAUCUCUGCACUUUGUUAACUGUAUCAUCUAAAUUACUGAAGAUUUAUGGAAGUUAGAUUUGUGAAGCUUGACUCUGGUCCCAUUGAAGUAGCUUAGUUCUGAGAUCUUUUCUCCACUAAAAUAGAAAUGUGUAGGUUAGGUCAAAUCACUGAUGCCUUUAGCAUUCAAUUUGAGCAGAUCACGGUUCUAUAGAAACCCAAAGAGUAGUAUGACUUGCUAAUUUUAAGUGAAUUACUUUUAGAUAAUUUGGUAAAUUGAUUUGUGAAUUGUACUUCUAUCACAUGUCUUAAUCAUGCAAUGGAAUGAAGACUCGACUUGAGCACAAGUGUUAAGUCACCUCUUGCCUUCAUCUCAUUACUUUAUCUAAACUCUAGGUUAGUUAAUUUUGAAAGCAAGUGAAGCUCUACGGAGUUUACUUUCUGUGUAAAGUUAUGUUUGAUUGGCCCUCAUAGUUUUGUAUUCUUUAUAUGUGAGACAGAAAUGACAUUGGAAAAAUAUCUAGGGUUAUCUUUUGCCCAAUAAAAUGAAAUCAUGUGAAUCUCAUGGAACAUUGGAAAUUGCAUUGAAAACUGAAGCUGUAGUGGAUUGUUUAUUUCUGAUGUAACCACAGGAGAUCAGAAAGUAUCCACUCAAUUGUGGCAUUGCUCUGGAGGUGAAGCCAUCAAUAGGAACGCCAGAUCUUGUAGCUCAGAUUCUCCCUAAAUAUUGUAACACUUUUUAAAAAGCUCUAACGCAGUUCUAAAAUGUGUCAUUUAUAUUCAUAACAUUAUGAUGUAACUUAAGGUGUAUUGUUUGACUUUCAUUAUUAGCAGUGGUUAUAACCUACACAACAUACAAAAUGCCAAAAUGUGAGACUUGAUUGGGGUAUUUUUAGUACCCCAAUGGAAUACUAUGAAGCAAAUGGCCAAGGUAAAAGUCUUAGGAAUGCAUGGUUUAUCCUACUAAAAACAAACAGUGAAUUCAAAUGUGGACUGCAAAUAAUAUAGGGAAAAUCAUAUGCUAUUCUGUGUAGUUGACACACUAUGUUUUGCUUUUGAAAUAGCAUAAAGUAGGAGCAACUGAACUUCAGAAUCUACAAUUUGUAAAAAAAUAACAACUUGUGUGCCUUAGCUAUGAACAUAUGGAAGGGGCAGUCUGUAUCAUCCCAUAGUAUCAAAAAUAAAUACAUAAAAUAUGAAAGUGGCUGUUUUCCAUAAGUAAUAUUAGCAGCUUGUUUUUAGUAACAGUUAAGAGGUAUCUUCAAAUCUAUUUGCAGCACAGUGUGUCUAUCUAUAAAGUGUUUAGAGCUGAACUUAAUAGAUUUCUUGCUUGAUGAUUUUGCAUAGACAUUUCUGCCAUAACAACUGCCCUCCACCUCUGGGCAGCUCAAGCUAAAGGGGUAAGGGAUAGGUAGGCUUUCCUGUAGGUAGGCUUUCCUGUGUUCAUUGUGUAACAUGCACUACUGGCACAAGCGCCCAAUUCAGCCUUCCAGUACUGAGUAAUUGGCAAGUGGAGAAAUCCUGGUGCCUAUCUUCAUCUCCUUGCACAAAUAUAGCUCCAGCCUUGUAUAUCUAUUCUUGCUUAGGACCAUCACCCAUUAAAGAAAUUUGAGCUUUUCUUGACUAAUAAAAUAUUAAAGCUGCAAAUAUUGAGGAAGGGAUAAAACAGUUCUGUAGAAAAUGGCAUAAUUUGUGUGAAUGACAUAAUGGGGGUUGAUUUUAAUUACGUUUAAUCUUUGUACUCUUGCUCUUCCCUCCACUCGGAAAGCUCAAGCUGCUAACAGUAACGUGUUGUUAGAAUCCUGUUAGCAUUGGCUGCCACCUGGUGUUUCUUAAAAAAUAUUUUACAAAUCAAUCAAUGUUAAUCAACUAGGACAGCAGGAGACAACAUGGUUCCCUCUAGAUGUUGUGGACUACAACUGCCCUCAGUCCUAGUCAGCUUGGCCAGUGAACUGGGAUGAUGGUACUUGUAGUCCAAAACAUCUGGAGGCUACCACAUUGGCUGUUUUGGAAGUAAGCAUUACAAACCUUAAUAUAAGUGAACCUUGUGUAGGAGUUGAUCUUAACUCUGUUGUUCAGUACCAUAUUGUAACCUUUUUGAUCCUCAUUCUUCAUUUAUUUUACAUGUGUCCUACAUUUCACAUUUCGUGUUAGCUUGCAUAUAAGUUUUGGUUACAUAAAAAGGGAAAGCAAUGAAAUUCAAGAUACCGUUACAUAUUAUUCUAAGAGAAUGGAGUAUCAGUAUUAUAGGCUAACACUUAAAGAACAAUUUACUUAAUAUUCCAAAUCCAAUUUGCUUAUAUCUACUGUGUGCUGCUUAUUAAAUGUCUUACUAAGUUUUAACCUUUACUGUAAUGCUAUUGAAGGCAGACAUAUUAGUACAAUUACUGUAAUUGUAAUUGCCAAAUACUAGGUGCUAUUCUGUCGUACAUUAGCAUAGUGAAGUAUAAAACACUAGCUUUUAUGUUUAGGAAAAUCUAUUGAUUGCACCUUAAUCAGUAAAAUGCAAGGAACACAAUCCACUUGCAUUGUGGGCCAAAUGUGUGAGAGGAUUGUGUCCAAGUUUAUAUAGGAUUAUUAUUAUUUUGCUUAGAACCAGAAGUGACAGGGUUUUUCUUGUUUAGUUUUUCUACAACACUUGAAAAAGGGAAGUUCUUUUUACUCUGUUUUGUGUCUUUACUUUUGGUUUACGCACUUUCUAGAAACCAUUUAUUUAAUACGAAGACUCUUCAGUGAUUUUUAAUGAAAAAAUGUUCAUAAAUGUAUAUUUCUAAAAUAUUUCUCAAAUAUAGUUUACACUCCUCUUUAGAGGACUCACCUGUUUACUUCAUUUUCUUAACCCAUUUAAGUAAAAGAUAGCUUUUAAUGCAAAUGUAAUUAUAAUGUGUGCAUUAAAUCAUAUCCUAAAGAAAGUAAAAAAUAAAAACCAGGGUUCUAUAAUCAGAAGGAAGAGAGUUUUGAAGAAUUAAUCAUGUGGCCACAACACAUAGGACAACAUCCCUGUAUUGCUCCCAGGAUAGGUCUGGUAACUAAUGUUGGAUUUCACCCAUAAAUACUGAUGAAAUGGUUAUUUUGAAACUGUUUAAACUGCUAUAGUAUAGUAUAGAAUUGUUCUAUCUUAUUAUUGCAAACUAACAUUGAGCAUUGUCAUCUUAUCGGCAUCAGUUACGUUGAUAGUAUCUUAAACAGAGUGUUGUUAAUCCAAAAUGCUUCCCCAUUUAAUAAUGCUUUACCUACAAAAUGUCAAUUGUUCUUUCUAAAAGCAAAAGGAAAGAUUUAUUUAAAUUACCACAAGUACGUGCCACUGUCUUAAACUAAUAAAUACUAGCAAGUAAAAUUCUGCUUUCGUCUCAUUUUUCCCCACUGUAAUUGCCUGUCAGUUAGAAACAUUCACAUUGUUAUGAGUGCUGUGAAGCUUCCAUGUCCUGAAAGAUUCUUGCUUGCCUCAGGCAGCUACACCUAUGGCUAUUUAAAAAGUGUUUUAUUGCUGGAGUUAUAUAUGUAUUUGGCUUUUAAAAAUGAAUCUGUGGAAGAAGACCAAUGGGCAAGAUUGGAUAUGUUCAAAUUGAUUUCUUUAGUUUAGGCCAGAUAAAGCAUAUGAUAUGAAAGCUGAUGCCUCUUUGAUGAAAUUUUGAAUUAUGGUGCUGGAGGAGACUCUUGAGAGUCCCAUGGACUGCAAGAAGAUCAAACCUAUCCAUUCUUAAGGAAAUCAGCCCUGAGUGCUCACUGGAAGGACAGAUCCUGAAGCUGAGACUCCAAUACUUUGGACACCUCAUGAGAAGAGAAGACUCCCUGGAAAAGACCCUGAUGUUGGGAAUGAUGGAGGGCACAAGGAGAAGGGGACGAUAGAGGACGAGAUGGAUGGAUAGUGUUCACAAAGCUACCAGCAUGAGUUUGACCAAACUGCGGGAGGCAGUGGAAGACAGGAGUGCCUGGCAUGCUCUGGUCCAUGGGGCCAUGAAGAGUCGGACACGACUAAACGACUAAACAACAACAACAACAACUUCAUACAAAAUGCAAUCCAUAAAUUCUAACAUGGGGCAUUGGUGAAAUCAUUGGAGUGGAGUGCAUUGGCUAAUAUUCACAGUAUUUGUCUGCCCACUCUUUGCUUUCUGUGCUAGCAAAUUUCACACGGAAUCUUAUGAUUUCUGCACACCAUUCCCAUUUGAACAAGCAAAUUUGCAUUUGGAAGACUCAUUUGCCCAUGACAAUUUUUCUGGUUCAAAGGAUGCUUGCUAUUAUUGAAGAUUCUAUUACACAGCAGGAGUCAAAUAAACACUAUGGGGCUAAAUUAAAAUUUAUGAAAAUAGAAUUAAGUUUAUUAACUGUACAGAAAAUAGGUCACCAGUCUUGAAAUUCUGAGGAUCUCUUCAGAGUGGUCAGUCAUUUCUUUUAAGAAUUGUACAAACUUUUCAGUAAAAUUAUUAAGUUAUAAAGAGCUU